AUGGACUACUUAACUUGGAGCUGGGCACUUCCCUCUGUGGGUCAUUGCAUCUGCGCUGUUCUGUUGUGGCUGCGUCCCAGCUCUGGGUUUGUUGGUACCAAUCUUUUCUCUAAACAGCCGUUGCUGUCAAUUUUGGGCCAUGUGAAGGAUUGA